AUGAGAUGGUUGGAGCUAUCGCAAGUGUGGAAGACAGUCAAGGAGGGGAACGACAAGUCGCCCUGGGACGACAAGCAGACUAUACUGAGCAUACUUCAAAGACGAGGGUCUUUGAUCGGUAAGGUCUCAGAAGCACACAGGCGAGAUGUGGACCUGAUCCGAGCUGCGGUAGCGGAGAACGGGAUGUGCCUCAGGUAUGCUGACAGCACCUUACGAAAGGACAUGUCGUUUGUCCGCAUGGCGGUGGAGGAAAAUGGCAAAGCUCUCAUGUUUGCGGACGAGCAGCUGCAAGCCGACGAUGACCUCUUAUGGCGAGCUCUCCACAUACUUCAAAGACGAGGGUCUUUGAUCGGCAAGGUCUCAGAAGCACACAGACGAGAUGUGGACCUGAUCCGAGCUGCGGUAGCGGAGAACGGGAUGUGCCUCAGGUAUGCUGACAGCACCUUACGAAAGGACAUGCCGUUUGUUCGCAUGGCGGUGGAGGAAAAUGGCAAAGCUCUCAUGUUUGCCGAC